UGCCAUGCGGAAGUAGGUCAGAGUGUAGCGCGGAAGAGGCUGUGGGAGCAACCAUGGCUCCCGUGCCCUGUGUGCUGCUGACCAGCUGCGCCCCGGGAUUCAGCGAGGAGUCUCUGGUGGCAGAUAUCAUUGGGACAGAUCAGAUUUCAUCACCUGCAGAAGAAGUGAAUGAGGUGAGGCAGUAUCCAUGGAGGAUAGAUAACAAGUACUAUUCAGCUGAUGUCAAUAUUUCUGUGGUUCCCAGCACUGGACACAUUACUGCACAACUAGCAGAAACCAUUCAGGCCUUCAUCAUAUAUUUUGACAGCACCGUGAAAUCUGGUCUGGAGAAGGUAUCAGCAUGGCUCCCCUUCCUGGAAGAUUGGCUGCUAGAUGUCAUGAUCCUUGUAUGUGACAGGGCAUUGGAAACUGGUGUUACCCGGCAGACCGCUCAGGAGUGGUGUAUCAAGCAUGGAUUUGAGUUAGUGGAGCUGAAUCCAGAGGAACUGCCAGAUGAAGAUGAUGAUUUCCCAGAAUCCACGGGCGUCACACGAAUAAUCCAGGCCUUAAACGCCAAUGUAUGGACUAAUGUAGAAAUGAAGAGUGAGCAAGCAUUUGGGAUCUUCAACUCAUUGGCCUCGAUGAAUCACGCUCCAGAGAACAGUGAUGACCUGCAGGGUGAUGUGCCCAGUGAGCUUGGUGCUGGGAGUCAGACAGAGCAAGGAAGAGAGUCUGGGAGUGUUUGUAAUUCCCAGGUUGACACAAUAGUCGAUCCCAUGAUGGACUUGGAUAUCAGAGAACUUGCAAGCCUUACUUCAGGGGAAGGAGACCUAGAAAAUUUUAAUCGUCUGUUCACAAAACUGCAGGAGAUGAAAGAUAAAGCUGCCACAUUGCCACAUGAACAACGUAAAUUACAUGCUGAAAAGGUUGCCAAAGCUUUUUGGAUGGCUAUAGGAGGUGAUCAAGAUGAGAUUGAAGGCCUCUCGUCUGAAGAUGAAAAUUGAUUUCAGAACAUCCCCUUUCCACACUCCUCCCUACAUAUGUGAAGUUCACAAAAUGGGGGCAAUUCUCUAAACCACAAACCGUGCUGCAUUGAUAACAUAGUUUGAAAUUUAGCCCAAAGUAGGUGUUUUGGAUCAUUUAAAAUGAAUGAAGUGCUACAGAUAAUCACUUAGUCUGCUAUUUGGGCAUACAUUUUGCAAUUUACAUGCCAUCUUUGGUACACGCUACUGUUUAGUGGAUAACCUCCUGGGUCAUUUUGUAAUCAUUGUUUUUUCCUCCUUCCUCCUAAACAUCAAAACUGAAAUCUUGUAUUUAUUGGUAACAAAAAUAAUAAAUGUAAAAUACAUUUUAUAUUAAUUAUUAUUAUAAUUCACUAUAGUGUUAAAUAGAGAGCAAAGUAAAAAAUGAGCCCAUGGUAAUUUGCGUAGUUUGACUUGGGGCUUACAGAAGCUUCUACCUUCAGUGAUGUUGCUCUCAGUGCAACUUGUUCUAUUUACUUGUAGAUUGUUUAUAACCUUUCAUUACAUCAAGGAAUGUCCCUCCACAGUUUACUAUAGGAGGAUUAAAUAAAAACUGGAGAAAAGCAGUGGGGUUAUCUCUUAAUUAUUUGGGUUUUUGCUUUCAGGUUGAGAUAUAGAAUUACAUCUGGUGUUCUUGCACUGACAGAGCAGCACUGGGUAUACACUGCUCCUCAGAGGGGCAUUAUACAAAUAUAUUUGGGCCAGUGCAAACCAUUGCCUGGAAAUCUGUACAGGGAUCAUUUUUAAUUAGUGGGCAGUGGCAAACUACUAAAAGGGGGCCCAUCGGUCAGCCCACCCUUUAGACAUGUGGUAGCAUGGGCCCGGUUUUGCAGCACGGGAGGAAGUGAGAGCCUGUCACUUCCUCCCACAAAAACUGGAGCCACUCAGGAGGCAGAGUGGAGGGGGUGCGGACCAGGCCAGCCAUCCUCUAACUCCCAACAUAAUCAGCCAGCAGACAUGGACCAGGUAAGCCAUCCUGCUGCACCCAGAUAGUAGGAAACUGGAGGGUAGCUAAAAAGUUUAAAUUGUGACCUGCGUGUGUGUCUGUGAAUCUGUGUGUGUAUCUGUAUGUUGUCAGUAUGUGCAUCCACGUAUGUAUCGGUGGGUCUUUCUGCAUGUAGGUCAGUGUGUAUGUGUACCACAGUUUGUGUGGCAGUGUAUAUGUGCAAACAACUCUGCAUUCAAACACCAACACUGCACACAAAUGCAUCUCUGCAUUUAAAUGUGAACACUACAAAUAAACACACCUCUGUAUUAUGCACCAAAUAUAUAUAUAUAUACACACCCCUGCAUUCAAAAACCAACACUACUGAAAUGCAUGCUCGCAUUCAAAUGCCAACACACACACACAUACAAACACCCCCCACACCCCCUACUACAUUCACACACUCCAUACAUAACAUUUUUACAUUCAGACACACACUGGUCAGUGCUAAAUACAACCCUACAAGCAUUGAAAAAUGGAACAGCCCUAGCAUUGUGGGAGAUGUAUGACAGUUAGGAAUCUUCUUUUUGGCCACCCUUGCAAUAGGAGGAAGGAGAGGGGGGCAAAAAUAUUCUGCCCACUGUUGGUGGGGUAAUAGCUUUUGAUCCAAGGAGAUAUCGGACUGCCAUUCUUUGGUCAAGAAGCAUUAUAUUUCAAAAUAAUGCUGUCAUCUCCUCUGUUCAAUGGUUAUAUAUUGGAAUAAAUUAUCCCUAGCGCUACUAUCUUAGCUGAAAAGAGACUUGCGUCCAUCAAGUUCAGCUUUUCUCACAUCUGUUUUUGAGGGUACACCAGGGAACUGUCCCCAAAAUGUGUGGCACUGUAUCAUUAGAUGCACUCUUACAAUCAGGGCACUAGGUCUCAGCAGGGAGCACUAAAACUGUCCUCCAGACAGGGUCUGCCCUCAGUGGGCCGGCCUGAAUGAUUGACAGGCAGCCAGGCAGGCAUCCUAGCAGAUCUGCCAAUCCUUUGAGCAGGGCCAUUGAUCCAUUUUCCCCGGGCCUAAGUUGGGAGGAAUGGAUAUAUCUUCAGAUAUUUUUAUUUAAUAUAGCUACCUUAAGUAAAAAGCAUCUAUAUGGAAAUCAAUAAAAACAUAUAUAUAUCAUCAUCAUUAUUAUUAUUUAUAUAUUUGAGUGAAUGUGCCCGGUGUUAAAAAUGAUUAAAUCAAAGAUUUGCCAGUUAGAGCUACAUAAAUAAAAUCCGUUCUCUCUUCAUCCAAAAUGAGCAACUGGAAAAAAUAUUACUGGUGUGUAUUUUAUUAAUAAAUCUACAAAGAUCAACGCACAACUUA